CGAAUGUCGUACCAGUACACAAACGGGGUGAGAAAUCCUAUGUCGAGAACUACCGUCCAAUCCAACAUGUUUUUCAACAAAUCAACCCUUUCCAACACGGUUUUGUUCCACGAAAGUCAUGCGUAACGCAACUGAUCGAAGUAUUCGAACAGAUAGGUCGGAAAUUAGACAACGGUAAGCAAAUAGACGUGAUUUACCUGGACAUGUCGAAGGCAUUCGAUAAAGUAAGUCACACUCAGCUCAUGCACCGAUUACACGAGUUCGGGUUUCGAGGUAACCUUCUCAACUGGUUUUCAUCCUACCUCAGCAAUCGUUAUCAGCAGACAACAAUUGGUGGAGCAACAUCAAGACCGUUAGCAGUGACAUUCGGUGUACCGCAGGGCUCUAUUCUCGGUCCUUUACUGCUUCUCUUGUACGAAAACCACCUCUCGGAAAGCGUGGGCAACUCCAGCAUUGCAACCUUUGCGGACGAUACAAAGAUCUUUAAAACUGUAAAUAACGUGUCCGACGCAUCAUCGCUACAAGAGGACCUAACAAAUGUUGAAGAGAACUCCAGCAAGGUAAACCUGAUAUUAAACACUCAAAAAUGUAAAGUCAUGAGAAUAACCAGAAAACACCACAAAAUAGAAUAUCCCUACAAGCUACAUGAUGCUGUUCUGGAAAGCACUGUUCACGAACGUGAAUUGGGAGUGUGGACUUCUUCCAAUCUGACUUGGUCCAAACAUAUUGAGGACUCAUGUGCUCAAUCAACCAAAAUGCUCGGUUACGUAAGGAGAUCUACACUGGACAUAAAAACUAUCUCG